AUGCACACAAAUCAGCAAGCCGAGCGCAUGUCAGUCAAAUCAGAUGAGGUGGCGGACGAGGAGGCCCGCCAAUGGCGGGCCUUCAAUCUACUGUUUUCCGUCCUGGACUUGAGAGAGGUGGCAACAGCUGAAUGCUGCCAUCCGAGUUGGAACGAUUUCACGAGGUCGGUAUCCAAAGCAUCGUUGCAGGGCACCAUGCUGAAGGCUUGCGCGUGCGCAAACUAUGGUGCAGGGCCAUGGAAGAGCGGGAAACGGAGGGUCACGAUCAAGCAAGCAGCAGAACGUUUGGUUUCAAAAGCGAGCAACGACUACAUGGACGAAUUGAACGAGAAGGUGAACUUUGAUCGGCACCGACCAGGCAACUUUGCGAAAUCAAAACAGUGGUUUGGCAUGUUGGCAAGUUUCACGAAACUUGACUAUGACUGGAGUAUCCUGGAAGCAGUGAUCAUGGUUGCAAACCAAACACAUCCUCUGGACAACGAGGACUUCAAUGAACACGAAGCGGAGGAUCCGCCGCAGCCGGAAAGGCCAGAGCCAAACAACCGUGCUGAGUUCAAGCUGCUGCGGGAGUCUUUCGAGGGCACGGACGAAAUGAUUGAAGAAUUUCUUCAUGAUCAUGAGCAUCACUUGCGAACGCGGAUUUUGAUCUACGGAGGUUCGGUCCUCCAUCAGGAGUAUGCGAACUGGCUUGAGAAACAGAAAGGCGAUGCGUUUGACAAGCUCCACUUUCAGGCAGCUCGCAGCCUGGGUUCUUGGUACGAGACCGUGCUGGGUUUCGCGCAGCUGUUGCAAGCGCCUCAUGUGCUCCGCGGCUUAGACCUCCGGUCCUACGACAACGACAACCUGCCAGUGUCUCUGGACGAUCCAACUGUUCGGGUAGAUUGCAAAAUCUGCAAAUCGAUGUGGAAUUUUGUUGUGGAAUUGAGCAGUGCCCGCGUGUGGAGCCAGAUGCAUCACAGUAUUUGCUUCCCACACUGUUUCGCCCGAGUAUUUGCCGAGAAAGAUUCCGAUCUGGAUGCUUCGGAAAUUUUUUUGCGCAGCCUCUCCAAAUGCUUCCGCAACGUGGAUCUGGCAUACAGGCAGCAAGGACCAGGGCCAAUGCGACAGGCCGUCGGCAGCCUCAUAGACGACUUGGGAACCUUCUGGUGGGUGCUGACCCGUGAAUUGAUCAUUCAAGGUGAACAGCAGUCGUGGAAUCUUCGGGAGCAAAGCCUACGCGAGCUCGGAUUUGUCAUGUUCGCUUCCUCUGUUGAAACCAAACGGAUGUGCGAAGAUGCUUUCGCCUACUUGAAGGAUUCUGUUCAACGCCACAGCAAGACCGACAGCAUGGGCGACGCUACAAAGAUGCUGUACUUGACUGCCAACCAGCAUGCUAGCAAGGGAGGCUCGAAAACCUUGGUUCCAGCACAGAGCGACAUUCGAAUGCAGAGCGCUGAAGAUGUGAAGGAGUUCGAAAGUUUGAAGCCGUUCGCCGGUAAGUUCCAUGAUUUGCCCUUCGAGAAUGUCACCAAAGCUCAGAUCAAGAAGUGGAGACCAGCAGGAUACUUUGCACAGAGAAAAGCGGCGGCGGCGACCGCUUUCAUCCUGCGGUAUGCGCAAGAUGGCCUGGACUUGCAGAUGCUCCGGUCGUGCUGGGCAGGCUGUGUGCUUGUCAAAGGACAUGUCUACUUGAACCAGGAGAGUGGCAGCUAUGUCCUGUCGUUGGGGUUCCUCUCCUACGCCACCUUUGUCUUGAGCCUGACCAAAGUCACGACCAUGGGCGAGAACUUUUUCUUUCUCAACACGAGAAGUGAGCAGCGGCUUCCGAAAGCCGUGUUCAACAUCUCUCCAGGACGCGACAGUCCUUGGAGGCACGUUCCGUAUGAUAUUGUGCCCCCCGCUUGCGCUCCUAUUGAACGUGGCAUUUGCAUCAAACAGCGAGGUGUUCAGGUGGAGGGGCUCCUUCCCAGCGCCCUCCUGAGCGGCGUGUUCCUGACAAAAGAUCAGAUCGAGAGGUGUUUGGCAGCGGAGAACAUUCCGUAUCCGGACAAGCCUGCCCGUGGCAAUCGGAUCCUCAAGCGAGAUCUGGCACGAGCUCUGGUGGAUGUCGUGCUGGGCAACGAAGCGGAGGAAGUCAGAGAACGAAUUCUGAACAAGUUGGCUCGAGAUGCGAAGCCACCCGAGGAUGAGAACGAGAUGAUGCCGGACGACAGCUGCCCGGUUGAGAUCUUGCAAGUUUUGAGUCAGUUGGAUCCGGAGAACAAGGCGCACUUCAGCAAUGUGCUAAAAUGCGCCGCCGGCAUUCUGGAACGCCGCGCUCAGGCAGAGAACGAAAGACAUGCCGCUGAGCGUGAGCGUGCGGCAGUCAGAGGUGCCGGUGUGCCAGGGGCUGCCCCUAGCUCGGCUGGUGGUGAUGGUGCAGACCAAGGACCGGCUCCUGCUGCUGGUUCCAACGAAGCUCCUGCUGCACCAGCUGUUGGUGAACCAGUUCUAGGACCACCCCAAGUGCGGAGGCCGCGGGAUCUGCGAGAUCCCGACAGCCCUGGGCGCAGAGCCUUCUACGGACGAGUGCAGGCACCGCCAGAGUUUCGUGAAUUGUUGCCUCCGGUGGACACUGUUAGAAUGUACCAUCAACCUCGCCAACGGCGGUUUCUGAUCGAGUAUGUGCGUGGCUUGGCUCAUGCAAACAGGCGACAUUGCAGUAGAAUUCUUGUGCAUUUUUAUCGACAAGUGUUUAUCUACCCAGGCUUAGAAGACUAUCAGCGAACGAAGACCAGUUCCUGGCCAGCUGGGGGAAGUGUGGAGCAAAUGCUGGCGAGUUUGGUGACCGUUUUUCGCUGGUGUGAGAUGGCCUACCAUGCGAAGUUCCAGGGACACGCUGCGUAUGAUAGAGACUACAAAGCGAAACUUGUCAGCAUGUGUGCUAAGUUGGCUGCUUGUUGCGAUAUGAGUUCGCCCUGA